AUGAUCAAUCAAACGACUAUAGCAGAAUUCUUACUUCUUGGAUUUUCUGAUGUCCGAGAAUUACAGAUUUUACACUUCAUUGCAUUCCUUUUCAUUUAUCUUGUAACCCUGACUGGGAACAUUCUCCUCAUUGUGACUGUUGCCCGGCAUCCAAAGCUUUAUAGCCCCAUGUAUUUCUUUCUGGUCAAUUUAUCAUUCCUAGAUGCCAAUUAUAUUUCCACCAUUGUUCCCAAAUCCAUUUUUGACUCUUUGUUAAACAAGAGACAGAUUUCAUUUUCUGAAUGUAUCACUCAGGCUUUCUGGGUCCUCACAUUUUCAGGCACUGAGCUGUUUAUUCUCACUGUCAUGGCCUAUGACCGCUACGUGGCCAUUUGCCACCCUUUGCAAUACAGGCUCAUCAUGAACUGGAAUGCCUGUUUUCAGAUGGCAGCUGCUUCUUGGGUUUGCAGUUCAAUCAAUGGCCUGGUACAUACUGCAAAUGCAUUGGGCUUGCAUUUUUGUUCCUCAAAUAUGCUUGGAAAUUUUUUCUGUGAUAUUCCACAGUUAUUGGCAUUGUCCUGCACUGACACAACAAGAAAUCAAGGGCUCCUUCUUGCUGUGGCUGUCUUUGUGGGUUCAUUUUGCUUUUUCUUUGUUUUUAUUUCCUAUGCUUACAUUUUUUCUGCAGUAUUCAAGAUUCAGUCUACUGAGGCCAGGUACAAGGCCUUCUCCACUUGCAUUCCACACUUGACUGUUUUUUCAUUAUUUAUCAGCACUGCCUCAUUUUCUUACCUCAGACCAAAAGCCUGGUCCUCUCUACCUAUGGACAUGAUAGCUGUCAUUUUAUAUACAGUUUUGCCACCCUUAAUGAAUCCCAUCAUUUAUAGCCUGAGGAACAAAGAGAUAAAAAAAUGCCUGAUGAAAAUGUUGAAAAGGUAA